AUGAACUCUACAACAGAACUCAGCAACAGGACGGACGGUGUAGAUGGUUCGGAAACUUGGGAGGAGCUACUACAGAACUGCAGCUCAUCUAGCACUACCAACAAGACUUCACAAGUGAAUGAAAACGUAACUUCAACUUCAUUUGUAUGCGCUGAAGUUGGAGAGAGAAAAGACCCGGAAAGUUUCUUGUACGGGAGUCGCGUUCGAUACCUUGGGGUGUUGCUCGUUUUGAAUGCAAUUUCAGUCGGGUCGGUUGUGGCCAACAGUCUACCCUUAGCGGCCAUCAUCAAAUACGAGGCGCUGCACAAACCGGUCUUCAUACUGAUGGCCAACAUGGCAGCAAGUGACAUUGUGGCUGGGGUAUGCUUCCUCUGUGUGGGUGUCACCGCCUACAUUUACGCAAAAGCUGGAAUUCCUCCUCCCAAUGCCUUGUACCGUUUCCUCCCUACUUCUUUCCUCCUCUCGGCGCUGUCCUCCUCCUACAGCCUGUUGGCGCUAACGGCUGAGCGCUACUGGUUCAUCGUCCACGGCCUGACGUACGAGGACAAGAUCACCAACGACAGAUGUAAGGUCGCCAUCAUCGUGGUCUGGCUGUUGAGCAGCAUCUUGGCGCUGCUGCCUGUGUUUGGAUGGAGCUGUACGUUCCCGUCCCAGGUAGGGUGUUCCCAGUAUGGCGGAGGCACUCCACAAAGUUACCUGGUCCUGAUCCUGAUUCUCGUCUUCAUCCCGAUGGCGGCGAUCGUGUUCUUCAACCUUGGCGUGUUCCGGUGCCUGUGGCGGCAGGUUAGCGACAUCAGGCGACAGGAAGCCGCGGUGCAGGCCGAGCCGAGUACCAGCAGAAAAUCAGCCGUCACCAUUCUCAUCAUCACCAUCGUGUUUCUGGUGAGUUGGCUCCCUUACAGCGCGGUGGUGGCUAACGAAGUGUUCUGUAAAGAAGAUUGUAACGACAUGGAUCAAUCGAUGAUAGGACUUGUCAUCUUGAACUCCGCGGUCAACCCCAUCAUCUACGGCUUCCGUCUGAAGGAAAUUCGCCGCAAUGUGAAGCGCCUUUUCGUCGGCAACGCCGUGAAUGGUGGGGUGAUGAAUGCAUGGAGUCCAUAG